GGCUUCGGUGGAGCACGACAAACGACAACGGAAGUUUCAGAUUGGUGGGACAACGAUGGCGGAGGUUUCCGGGGGUUUAAAGCGGACGACGAGGUCCACCGGCUAACGCUAUCUGUCAUUAACAAUGAUUUACAAAAGUUUCUUUACAAAGGUCAGAACAGUCCUCCUGUUUUGUUCCCUGUUGCUGUUGCAGAUCCAUUCGUGGCUGGGAAGAUCAAGAACUCAGUUGGCACACGCAGAGCAGGCACAUUAUCCAGAUGGUUUCACCACCCCAAGGAACACAGUAGCAGCAGCACAAUCACCAAUCUCAAGAAGAAAGACAAGGUGCGAGUUGAGAACGCUCACGUGCAUUCUGCUGUCUCUAUAGCGGCUCUGGCUGCAGGUUUAGCCUCUGUAACAUCUGCAAGCAAUUGCAAAGGGCCAGGCUCCAAGAUGGCAUUGGCUUUAGCCUCAGCCACUGAACUGUUAGUCUCACACUGUAUGAGAGCUGGUGCUGACCGUGCACGUGUUACUUCCACUGUUAGAUCUUCUGUGGAUAUCAACAGCCCUGGUGAUCUCAUGACUCUAACAGCCGCUGCUGCAACUGCUUUGAGAGGAGAAGCGGCUCUGAAGGCGAGGCAGCCAAAGGAAGCAAGGAAAAAUGCAGCUAUUGCCCCUUUUGAGAGAAGCUUCUUUGACUCUUAUUGGCCUGCAAAUUUGAAGUUUAGAUUGGAAGAACCAAAUCUUCCAUUUGAAGGCGAACUGAUGCAAUGUGCACGAAAUGGAGUGCAGCGAACUAAGCGUGUUUGCGUCUAUAUCAACAAGAAGUCUCAGUUAAUGAUAAAACUCAAAAGCAAACAUGUUGGAGGGGCAUUAUCCAAGAAGACCAAAUGCGUUGUCUAUGGAGUCUGCGAUGAGAAAUCAGCUUGGCCUUACAGGAAAGAGAGGAAAAAUUCAGAAGAAGUCUACUUCGGUCUGAAGACAGGACAAGUUCUUUUGGAGUUCAAGUGCAAGAGCAAAAUUCACAAGCAGAGAUGGGUUGAUGGGAUUCAGUCUCUUCUCCGCCAAGUAAAUUGCUUUGAAGCUGCCAAAUGCUCGCUGGGAUCUCUGAGUCUCACUGGUCAUACGUGAUGAAGGAUCAUGUAUACAUUUGAUUAUAUACAUAUAAUCCACAUUUUUGCUGUUGUGAGGUAUUUACAAAACUUGGUAAUGUACAAUGUCAGUCUCUGUAAUCUCGGAAGACUUUUGGAUAAAAACAUAGCAGGUUGUUCAUA